GCCGGGGGGGUGCAAGGGGAGAGCGGCCGGGAGAGCCCCUCCUUCCCGGAGCGUAGCUUGGGGCCAGAUCCAUCCCGUGUUCCCGGAGCGGGGAUGCCUCCAGCGCCCGCGGUGGGGGAUUCUGAGCCGUCCUUGGGGAUUUAUCCCCACUUUCCCCUACCGGGCUGGCGGCAGCAAGUCUUUAAUUACCCAGGGGAUAAUUAAAGCUCUGGCUGGGGCGGUGAUCCGGGGUGCCCCCGCAUCCCGGGGGGUGUUGAAGCCGCUUCACCCCUCGGCGACCCCGGCUCGCUCCACCCCGGAGCUUUUCCUGCCGGAGCGAACUCCGGGCGGUAAUGAGCUUACGGAACGAACGCGGGGCUUAGGGAAGGGCCUGUCCAGGAGCCCCGCUGCCCCUGGAGAGCGGCUCCAUCCCGCCGCGGGGGCCAUGGCCUCGCUGCUGUCCCUGCAGGAGGAGAACCGGAUCCUGCAGCAGGAGCUGUCCCGCGUCGAGGACCUGCUGGCGCAGAGCCGGGCCGAGCGCGAUGAGCUGGCCAUCAAGUACAACGCCCUCAGCGAGCGCCUGGAGCAGACCCUGCGGCUGGAGCCGGAGGAGCGGGAGGCGGUGGAGAGCCGGAGCCUGGCCCAGCACAACAUCGAGCUCCGGAGGCUGCUGGAGGAGGAGCAGGCCGCCUACAAGCGCAAGCUCCAGGCCUACCAGGAGGGCCAGCAGCGCCAGGCCCAGCUGGUGCAGAAGCUGCAAGCCAAGGUGUUGCAGUACAAGAAGAAAUGUGGGGAAGUGGAGCAGCAGCUGCUGGAGAAGGCGACGGAGCUGGAGCAGGAGAGGCUGACGAUCCAGCUGGAUGCCAGCGGCUCCCAGCCCGAGGAGGAGAGCAGCAACGAGCUGGAGAACGCCCUGAUCCGGCUGGAAGAGGAGCAGCAGAGGAGCAGCAGCCUGGUGCAGGUGAACUCGAUGCUGCGGGAGCAGCUGGAACAGGCCAACGUGGCCAACGCGGCGCUGAGCGAGGACAUCCGGAAGCUCACGGCCGACUGGGCGCGGGCCCGGGAUGAGCUGGAGCAGCGGGAGGCGGAGUGGAGGCGCGAGGAGGAGUCCUUCAACACCUACUUCAGCAACGAGCACAGCCGGCUCCUGACCCUCUGGCGGCAGCUGGUGGCCUUCAGGCGCCACUUCGGGGAGAUGAAGGCCAGCACCGAGAGGGACCUGUCGGAGCUGGGGCACGAGGUGUCCCGGACGGGCCGCGCCGCCCACGCCGCCUGCCUGCACCUGGCCGCCAACCUGCGGCUGGCCGAGAGCCAGGCGGGAGCGGCGCGGGAGCGGCAGGAGCUGCGCCUGGAGCAGCUGGAGGAGCAGCUGGCGGCGCGGGCACGCGAUGCGGAGCUGGAGAAAGCCACCCUGACAGCGAGGCUGGAGGAGCUGACGGCGGCCCUGGAGCGGCGCCGGAGCGAGGACGAGGAGAAGGAGCGGGCGGUGGAGGCGCUGACCCUGCAGCUGCGGGAGCUGGAGGCCGCGCGCGCCCGGGAGCCGGCGCCGGAGCAGGUGGAGGCUCUGCGCUCCGAGCUGGAGCUGCUCCGCCGGACGCUGCACGAGGUCACCCAGGCGGUGCUGGCGGAUGACCCCGAGCCCCCCGCGCCCUCCGUGUCCCCUCCGUGUCCCGCCGUGUCCCCUCUCCGCAGCCUCUCUGCCAGCGCCGCCGCCGCCGCCGUUCACGCGGCCCUGAGCCAGCGCCGGCUGCAGCUGGAGGAGGCCCGGAGCCAGGCGGAGGCGGGCCGGGAGGCGGCCGGGAGCCUGCGGCGGGAGCUGGGAAUGCUGGAGCAGCGGCUGGAGCAGCUGGGAGCCGAGGCCGGGAGCUGCCGGCGGGCGCAGGAGGAGGCGCAGCGGGAAGGGCUCCGGCUGCGCGCCCAGGCCGAGGGGCUGCGCAGGGACCUGGAGCGCGCGGAGGCGGCGCUGGCGGAGGAGCAGCAGCGCGCGGGGGCCCUGCAGCAGGAGCGGGAGCAGCUCCGGCGCCGCGGCGAGGGGCUGCAGGACGCCCGCGACGAGGCCGCCCGCGACGCCCAGGCUGCCCGGGAGCAGCUGGAGCACAGCCGGCAGCAGGCGCUGGAGCUGGAGGCGCAGCGGGCGUGGGCACAGCGGGAGCUGCUGGAGGCGCGGGAGGAGCUGAGCCGGGCGCUGCUGGAGGCGGAGCUGGCCCGGGGCGAGCAGGAGGCGCUGGCAGAGGCCCUGGGCAAGGCGCAGGGCAGCUGCGGGGAGCUGGCGGAGGCCCGGCGGGCGGCGGAGGCCGAGGAGUCGCGGCUGCGGGACGCGCUGGCCAAGACCAGCGAGCUGGCGGCCGGGCUGGCCCGGGACAAGGCGGAGCUGAGCCGGCGGCUGGAGCGGCUGGAGCAGGAGCGGGAGCGGGGCCGGCUGCGCACCCGGGAGCUGUGCCGGGAGCUGGCGCUGCUGCGGGAGCGGCUGGAGCGCGGCCCCCGCCCCGGGAACGAGCGGCGGGGCCCGGAGCGGGCGCGGAAGGACCCCCGGGACGACGGGCGGGGGCUGCGGGAGGAGCUGCGGGAGCUGCGCGGGCUCCACGAGCGGCUGCGCCACAGCCUCGGCCAGGCGGUGCAGGAGCAGAGCGCGGCGGGCGAGGCGCUGGCGCGGGCGCGGGCGGAGCAGGAGCGGCUCCGGGCGGAGCAGGAGCGGCUGGGCCGGGCUCAGGCGGCGCUGGCCCAGGACGGGGCCGGCCUGGCCGUGCAGCUCGCGGCUGCCCAGCGCCAGGAGCGGCACCGCGACCGCGAGGCCGCCGGGCUCAGGUCGGAGAAGGAGGGGCUGGAGAGCAGCGUGUUCCAGCUGCAGCAGGAGCUGGCCCAGCUCCAGGCCCGCAACCAGCAGCUGGAGGCCCAGGGCCGGACACUGGCGCAGGCCAAGGAGGCGCUGGAGGCGGAGCUGGGCGCGGCGCGGCGGGAGCGGGCGCAGGAGCUGCGGGAGCGGCGCCAGGCGGUGGCGGUGGCCGAGGCGGCCGCGGUGACAGCGGCCCUGCAGAGCGCCCGCGACGCCCACCGGGAGCAGCUCGAGCACCUCCAGCGAGAGAAGGAGGAGCUGGAGGCCGAGCGGGGCCGGCUGGUGCAGGAGCACGAGGAGCUGGUGGCCGAGCUGGCGGCAGCGCGGCAGCAGCGCCAGAGCGAGAAGCAGCAGGCGCUGGCGCUGCAGGAGGAGGAGCGGGUAGCCCUGGCGGGGACACUGGCGGGGCUCCAGCGGAGCCUGGACGAGGCCACGGCCGAGCUGGAGCAGCAGCGGCGAGAGGUCACGAGCCACCAGGAGAAGGAGCAGGGCUUGGCCGCGGAGCUGCGCUCGCUGCGGGCGCGGGCGGAGGAGGCGGCGCUGAGCCACGAGCGGGAGGCGAGGACGCUCCGGGACGAAGCGGCAGCGGCGGCCAAGCAGCGGGACAGCGCCCUGCGGGAGGCGGAGGAGGCGCGGGCGCAGCUGCGGGCGGUGGCGGAGGCGCGGGCGGCGGCGCGGCGGGAGCUGCAGGAGGCGCAGCGCCAGGCCCGGGACAGCCGCGAGGGCCGGGACGCGGAGCGGCGGCGGGCGCAGGAGGCGCGGCGGGCCCUGGGCGACGCGGGCCGCGAGAAGGAAGCGCUGCAGCGCUCCAACGAGGAGCUGCGGGCGGCCCUGCGGCGCGCCGAGGGAGAGCGCAUCAGCCUGAAGCGCUCCGGGGAGGACAAGGAGCAGCGGCUGGCGCUGCUGGAGGCGGCGCGGGCGGCGGCCGAGCGGGAGGUGUCGGAGCUGCGGGCGGCGCUGCGGGGGCUGGAGCGCGCCCGCCUCGAGAGCCGCCGGGAGCUGCAGGAGCUGCGCCGCCAGGUGAAGGAGCUGGACAGCGAGAACAGCCGGCGGGGCCGAGAGCUGGGGGAGCUGCAGGCGCGGGUGGCCCUGGAGGAGCAGCGGGAGCAGCGGAGCCGCCGCGAAGCCUCCGGCCUCCGGCAGAAGGUGGCGGAGAGCGAGGCCGGCACCGAGGCCGCCAGGAAGGAGCUGCAGCAGCUCCAGCAGCGCCUGGCGGAGGCGGAGCAGGAGUUCCGGCAGCGGGAGCAGGAGCUGUCCCGCAGCCUGGAGGAGGCGCGGGGCAAUGAGAAGAAGCUGCUGGCGGACGCCCGGAACCUGCAGCUGAAGGUGGAGGCGGCGCGGGCCGAGGUGGCCGAGCUGGGGCUGCGGCUGAGCGCGGCGCAGGGCCGGGCCCAGGGGCUGGAGGCGGAGCUGGCCCGGGGCGAGGAGCAGCGCAGGGCCACCGAGUCCCGCCUGGGCGGCCUCCAGGCCACCCUGCGCCGCACCGUGGCCGUCGCCAGGGCCAAGGGCGGGGGCCCGGAGGGGCCGGGAAGCCCCGGCUCGUUCCCGGAUCCCGACGCCGAUCCCGAGGCGCUGCGGGCGGCGCUGCGGGAAUUCCUGCGGGAGCUGCAGGACGCGCAGCGGGAGCGGGAGGAGCUCCGGGGGCAGCUGGGCAGCCUGGGCCGGCGCCUGGCGGAGGCGGAGGCGGAGCGGGACAGCGCCGGCGCCCGCGCACAGCAGCUCCAGAAACUGCUGGAGGAGAGCGAGCAAGGGCGCCGAGAGCUGAGCGGCUCCCGGGCCGCGCUGCUGCUGCGGGAGGAGACCCUGCGCCAUUCCCAGCGGGAAUGCCGCGAGCUGCGGGACAGGCUGGCGGGCCUGGAGCGGAGCCUGCGCUCUGCCGAGCGGGAGCGCCGCGCGGCGCAGGAGAAGCUGGGCGAGCUGGAGGAGGCCCGGCAGAGGCUGGAGCUGUGCGAGAGCCGGAGCUCCCGGCUGGAGCUGCAGCGGCGGGCGCUGGAGGGGGAGCUGGGCCGCGCCCGGCGCGCUCUGGCGGAGCGGGACGCGGAGGCGCGGGAGCGAGCGGAGCUGCUGCGGACACAGCUGGCUCAGGCCGAGCCCGGCUCCGGGCCGCUCCCGGUGCUGCCGGACAGCGGCUCCCGGGGGGACGCUGCGGCCGUGCCCGAGGGCUCCCGGCUCCACGAGCGGCUCCUGCAGCUCCAGAACGCCCUGGCCGCCGGCGAGACGGACCGGAGGCUGCUCCAGGAGGGGCUGGAGGAGGCGCGGCGGGCGCUGGCGGAGGCGCGGCGGGAGAAGGGAAUGCUGCGGGAGCAGCUGCGGGAGCAGCGGGAGCUGGGAAUGCUGCGGGAAUCGGGAAUGCUGCGGGAGCUGGGAAUGCUGCGGGAGCCGGGAAUGCUCCGGGAAUCGGGAAUGCUCCGGGAGCCGGGGAAGGCGCAGGAGCAGGGAAUGCUGCGGGAGCUGGGAAUGCCGCCCAACAGGGAACCCCAGGACCGGCAGCAGGAGGGCCCGCAGCAGCAGCAGCAGCAGCAGCAGCAGGAAUCUCCCGGCCGGGCCGGGCUCCCGCAGCUCCCGGCGGGCUCGGCCGAGCAGCAGCUGCAGGAGGCUCGGAAGCGAAUCCAGGUGCUGCGGGCGCAGGUGUCGGCGCUGGAGCUCCGGGCCCGGCCGCUCCCCGAGGCGCCUCCGGAGCUGCAGCGGGAGCUGGAGCGGCUCCGGCUCGGCCGCGGGGACCUGGAGGAGCAGAUCGCGCUGCUCAAGGAGCAGGAGCUGCAGCGGCAUCCCCCCGGAACGUAGGGAAUUCCGGGAAUUCCGGGAAUUCCGGGCCGUCCGCAGAGCUCGCGCAGCUCCGCUCAGGGCUGAGGGGAUCCAACGCCAUCCCAAAAUCCAGAGCAGAGCCCCGCACGGCUCAGCCCAGGGAGGAGGGGGAUCCAUCCCUCUCCCUGUGCUCCAAACCCACAGCGAUUGUUGCCUCCUCAUUCCCAUUUCUCCAGGAAAAAGCUGCACUUUUCCCACCAGACAACAAAAUUUGUCUAUUUUUGAUACAAUUUGGGACCCUGUGGAGGGUUUUCCCAUUGUCCUGAUGUAGUUUUUAAUGGAAUAGGGAAAUAUUCCCUUUUUUAGCCCCAGAAGACCCAACCGAUCCCUUCCCCUCCCGCCUUCCCCUCACCACAUCCUCAUUUCCCCCCUUUUUCUAACAGAAAACUCCCUGGAUUUGUGUUUUUGGAGGAUUUUUUUAGGAACUAGCGGGAUUUUUAUACGGAUUCUUUGGGAAUCGGGGGUUUUCACUGGUGCUCCGAGGUUGGGAAAACCACGGGAAGGGAGGGGGUGGCUCCGGCCCCCGUCAGUCCCGGCGGGAAUAAACGUGGAGAAAUCCAG